GGCACAGUCGAGCGCCCGCUCCGCUCCCCGCCGCCGCCGCCACCAUGUCCCUGUGCAGGGCCGCCUCGCAGGCGCUGGCGUUCCGCCUGAGCAGGGCUCCCGCCGCCGCCGGCCGCCUCAAGCAGCGCGCACCUCUUCGCCAGAUGUCAUCUGGGAGCGUUCCUGGCUCUUCUGGAGAGAGUAUGAUUAUCUAUCUACUUGCUGGUGUUGCGGCUUUCAGUGGUUUAUUUUAUGCCUACAGAGUAGUCAGUUCAUCCCGCAGCAGGUUUAUUGACCAUGUGAAUGUUCUUCAUGAGAGAGCUGAGGGGCGGAAAGGCAACCCUUGGUCAAGGAAGGAAGGUGAUGAAGAGACGGAUGAAGUCACUGAAGCAGAGAAAGCCACGGAAGAGGCUGAUGCAGCAGACGCUGCGGGACCUGCAGCACAGGAUGAGAGUGCUGGACCUGCAGCACAGGAUGAGAGCUCUGGGGAAUCCCCAGAAGCUGAAGGGGAGAAUGACUUACCGGCUCCAGAGGCAUCCCCUGCUGUGGAGGAAGCACAGCAGGAAGCUACUGCUAAUUCAGAAGCUGCUGCUAAUUCAGAAGCUGCUGCUAAUUCGGAAGUUGCUGCUAAUUCAGAAGCUGCUGCAGUGCAAGAAUCUGUGAGUGAAGUCUUGGAUGUUGCAGCUUCUUCCGCCCUUGAGGAAAACUCAGACAGUGGCGAGGAAGGAGCAGCCUCAGCAGCUCAAGAGCUUUCUGACACAGCCUCCGAGAGCCAGGACGCUGAUGCUGAGGAGUCGUGGCAAACUGCAGAAGUUUCUGAGGAGGAGAAGACACCUGAAGAAUCUGCUAAAGACCCCUAAAGUAAGCAGUGCUGAAGCCUUUGAAAAGUUUAACGGAAAUAUUUGUGGCAAUCAACCAGCUGAUUCCUGUGUGAAACCUCAUACUCUUCCUUGGAGACAUAAAAGAAACUGUGCAGUUUGUCAUGCCACACACUGCUCAUUAGGACCAGUAUUCAGUGCUGCAACAGAUAAGAUUUAAGUUGCUUAGAGAGACGCUUCUGUGAUUAACAUCUCUGCUGUAGAAAGUAGCACCCAGUCAAAGCACCACUCAGCAUGUCCUAAAUACAUGUGCUAAGAGAAGCAGUAGACUUAACUAAACCAUGCCAGGUGAACUCCUUCUAGGUCUUUGUUGUCUCGUUAUGUACACUGAUUUCUUACUCUUGGUCCAAACUGCUGUGCGUAGUUAUACCUUUGUAACAUUCCAUGCUAAAAUCUAAGUAAAGGGGUUUAAAUCAAGUCAAAAUCUUUUAAAAAUUACGUGUUAGCAUUUUUAAAUUGGAUCACGGGGAAAACAGCAACCUGUUUGCUCUCAAGUUUGGAUUUAAGAUUGUAAGCAUAGGACAUCUGGCUGUACAAUAUCUAAUUUUCCCCCCACAUAAACAUUUCAGAUACUACCCUUCCUUGCACAAAAUAAUAUCCAGGACUAAACAUUUUUAAGGCUCCUUCUUUGGGAAGAAAACCUGUUUGCAAGUGCUACCAAUAGGUACUUUAUAGCAUGACAAUCAAAAUAACGCCAGUUGAUGUUACUGAUCAUGGAUCGAAGUGGUGGCUCCUGCCUCGGGGAUGCUGGGCUCUGCUCCUACCAAAUCUCAAAAUCCCAAUGGAAGGCUAUGCAACAGGUGUUCAAAUGGACAAGGAUUCUUAGGGACUAAGAAAGAACAGAAUAGAUAAAUAAUCUUGUGUUCUUAGUAUUAACUUCAUAAAGAAUACACCUAUUAUGAAUAAUGGAUUUGUAUGACACUGUUCUCCUAACCCUCCAUUGUGCUAAGUGCAUGAGUGUGCAUCUAAGACAAAAUGCUGAGACCUGUUACAGCCACCACAGAAUGGCAACAAUUCUAAACCAGAGCCAAAAAAGGUAUAUUAUAUACUAUUUAUAUAGAAAGUGUGCUUUAUAAGGUGUAUCUGACUCUUUUCUCUCCAAGCAGAACUCUGGAAAAUGUUGAAAGGGAAAUGACAGCAUUAUGACAUUCCUACCUAUGGCACAAAGCAACACAUGCCGCUUCCCCCAUCAUAAAGCAAAUUAUAAUAGUGUUCCAACAAAAAUAUAGCCCGUUGCCCCUGGACCUGCUUAGGAAUAACUGGAAUAAUGCGGAGGCAAAAGCAGGCUCCUGAGCUUCGAGAAGAAAUACCACGGCCUUCUGCUUAAAGGAUAAAGCCACUGUGAUUAAAAGCAAUUUUUGUAGACAAAGCUACUGGAAUAAAAGUCUUAGACUGAUA